AUGUCGUCCUCUGAAGAUGAACAUUCUAGCGACUCGCACAGUGAGUCUGGGAGUCGAAAGAGAACGCCCUCGCCAUUCUAUCUUCCAUUGAACGUUGCAUUUUACACUUUUCUCGCUUCCAAUGCACUUGCAGCUGCCUAUGCUCCAAUUCAAGAUUGCGAUGAGAUCUUCAACUACUGGGAGCCAACACACUACCUUGACCAUGGUUACGGACUGCAGACAUGGGAAUAUUCGCCCGAAUACUCCAUCCGAAGCUGGCUAUACGUCAGCCUCCAUGCUGUAAUUGGAAUGAUAACUAGGAUCUAUAGUCCGCACAAGAGAACUCAAUUUUAUGUAAUCAGAGCCGUUCUUGCGUUCAUCUGCGCAGCUUGCGAAACCCGUCUCUAUUCCGCUAUAUCACGAACACUCAAUCGAAGAAUCGGUCUACUUUUCUUGAUUAUCACCGUUUUCAGUCCCGGUUUCUUUCAUGCGUCUACGGCAUUUUUGCCGUCCACAUUUACAAUGUAUACAUCGAUGCUAGGACUGGCGGCAUUUUUGGAUCGGAGAGGCAAGAACAAGAUCGCUGAGGGCAUUAUGUGGUUUGGGACAGGUGCUAUCAUUGGCUGGCCCUUCUCUGGUGCACUGCUUCUUCCUUUGCUAGCCGAGGAGGUCUUCACAUCUAUGUUUUCGGGUCACUUUGGACAUACGUUCAGACAGAUUGUAAAGGGAGGCAUUAGGUGCAUUGUGAUCCUUGGACUGGAAAUCGGAGUCGACUCCCUUUUCUUCGAAAAAUUCGCAAUAGUUCCUUGGAAUAUCGUUGCAUACAAUAUAUUCGGAGGCGAGGGAAGAGGCCCGAACAUCUUUGGCACUGAGCCGUGGACAUUUUACAUUCGGAAUUUACUCUUAAACUUCAACAUUUGGUUUAUUCUGGCGGCUUCAAUCGCUCCGUUAUUCGUCUUACAAUCCUUGUUUGGUAGGAAAGCUUUUUCUUCCAGUCAAACACUUCUACGAUCCCUCGCAUUUGUGUCUCCUUUCUACCUCUGGCAAACCAUUUUCACCGUCCAACCUCACAAGGAAGAGAGGUUUAUGUAUCCCGCAUAUCCCUUCCUUGCUCUCAAUGCAGCACUUGCGCUUCACUUGAUUCUGGCAUAUAUUGGAACAAACAAACCCGGUACUUUAAUGGGUUUGAUCCCAGGUAAGGUCAAAUUUAUCGCUGUUGCAGCCUUCAUGUUGUUAUCCAUCAACGCGGGACUUUUGAGAUCUGUGGGCAUGGUAACUGCUUAUGGUGCGCCCCUGAAAGUCUAUGAUUCGUUGGACACACCAGGCCUUGCGCAAGAGGGUGACUUUCUUUGCUUGGGAAAGGAGUGGUACAGGUUUCCUUCUUCAUUCUUCCUGCCUCAUUCCAUGCGAGCCAAGUUUGUGAAAAGUGAAUUCUCGGGUUUGUUGCCUGGAGAGUUUCCUGACGCUAGCGGCGUGCAGACACUGCUCGCUGGUAUAUCUGCAAAUCCUACGGGUAUGAACGAUCGAAAUGAAGAGGAUCCGUCAAAAUACAUCGACAUCUCCCAAUGCAUGUUCCUAGUUGAUUCGUACUUCCCCAGUAGGCCAUCAACGAGCCUAGAACCAGACUAUAUACACAACACUAAGGAAUGGGAGAUACUGGCAUGCCAUCAAUUCCUAGAUGCAUCAGAAACUCCGACUUUUGGUCGAGUACUAUGGGUUCCGAAUCUGCCGUUUGUUCCUCGUCGAUUCAAGCGACAAUGGGGAGAUUAUUGCCUCUUGCGACGGAGACAGAAUCCGUCUUGA